GAGAACCAACCAAGCAUUCCAAGCAUACACACACACACAAGUCACAAAACAAGAACAAAACACAUAAAAAUGCCUUCUUCUUCCACAACCAUAGUGUCAAAAUGCACAAUCUAUCCACACCAAAAAUCCUCAUUAAAACCCUUAAAACUCUCUGUCUCCGACCUCCCAAUGCUCUCAUGUCACUACAUCCAAAAAGGAAUUUUACUUUCCACACCCCCUUAUUCCUUUGAAGAACUAAUUCACACCCUCAAAAACUCCCUCUCCAUCGCUCUCUCCCACUUCCCACCUCUCGCCGGUAGACUCACCACCGACUCCGACGGUUACAUUUACAUAACCUCCAACGACGCCGGCGUCGAUUUCAUCCACUCCAAAGCCAAACACCUUACUCUCAACACCAUCCUCUCACCUUCUCUCAUCGAUGUUCAUCCUUGUUUCAAGGAGUUGUUCUUCGCUUACGACAUGCCGAUUUCUUACUCUGGUCAUCAAAUCCCCCUCGCCGCCGUUCAAGUCACCGAACUCGCCGACGGUGUUUUCAUCGGAUUUACUGUUAAUCAUUCCGUUACUGACGGUACUUCCUUCUGGCACUUCUUCAACACUUUCGCCGCCAUCACUAAAUCCACCGGUGUCGGCGCCGCUGUCAAGAUCUCAAAAUCACCAGAUUUUACUCGUGACACAAUCUUCAACUCCACCGCUGUUCUUCCAAUCCCCGCCGGUGGUCCUACCGUUACUUUCGACGUCGAUGAGCCUCUCCGUGAACGUAUCUUCCAUUUCUCUCGUGAAUCCAUUCUCAAACUCAAACACAAAACAAACGGUAACAGUAAUGGAAUCAGUAACAGUAACGGUAACGGAAUCAGUUACAACGGUUUAGCAGAUCCAACUGAAAUAAUAAGUAAAGAGUCAAACGACGGUUGGAAAAUCGUUAACUCUAACGGUCAUGUUAACGGAAACGGAACUGUUAAAAGUAACGUGCGAAACGAGAUCUCAUCGUUUCAAUCGUUAAGUGCACAGUUAUGGCGUUCGGUGACACGUGCGAGAAAAUUGGAACUAACAAAAACGUCGACGUUUCGUAUGGCGGUGAAUUGUCGUCACAGAUUAAACCCAAAAAUGGAACCGUUUUAUUUCGGUAACGCAAUACAAAGCAUCCCAACCGUUGCUUCAGUGAACGAUAUAUUAUCCAACGAUCUAAAAUUCCUAGCUGGAUUACUUCAUCAAAACGUCGUCGCACAUGAUGAUGUUACGGUGCGCCGCGGAGUAGAGGAUUGGGAAAAUAAUCCUAGGUUAUUUCCUCUUGGGAAUUUUGAUGGUGCUAUGAUAACUAUGGGUAGUUCACCACGUUUUCCUAUGUAUGAUAAUGAUUUUGGGUGGGGUAUACCUUUGGCUAUAAGGAGUGGUAAAAGUAAUAAAUUUGAUGGUAAAAUUUCAGCUUUUCCUGGUAGAGAAGGAAAUGGGAGUGUUGAUCUUGAAGUUGUUUUGAAACCUGAGACUAUGUUUGGACUUGAAAAUGAUGUGGAAUUUAUGCAGUAUGUUACGGAUGUAGUGUGAAAUUUGAGAGGGGUGUUUUGGUAAAUGUUUAAGGAGUGUUUGGGUUGAUAGGAUGUAGUGUUUGGGGUGCUUUUACCCUAUCAAUGAAUAUUAAUGAUUUUCUUGUAAGUGAUUUUCAUGCUUUUCACUUCCCAUGUGACUAGUAAUAGGAAGGGAAAGUAAUAAUAUUGAUAUUUGAUUAAUGAAAAUGGAGAACAAAAAAGAAAAAAAUGUUGAAGCUGAA